ACCAAUGAAAGAAGGGGAAACCUCUCUAUCUUGCUGAAACCAAGACAAAGCGAAUCGGACGAUCAGAGAUCCCCUUUUGUCGUUUUUAAAGCUUAAAGAAUCCGAAAUGAGCGAGCUUCAGAAACCCAAAUCCAAAAGAGAAGAAGAGGAAGAAGAAGCUAAUAAUAACGUCGGUUGCAGAGAAGAGCAGGAACAAGCCCUCGUCGCUUUAGUAGAGCACCGUUCAGCUGAGAUAGAUCGUCUCAAGCAUCACAUAUCUAACUACCAAACCAAGCUUAUUGAAGCACAGAGAAGUUUGAGAGAUUCAAAAGCCAAGUUAUCUAACCUUCGUGGCCAUGAUGAAUCUGCAAGAAACGUUACUCCUUCUAGGAAAGACUCUUAUCCAUCUCCGUCACCUAGCAAGAUUCUUAAACCCUCUGUUCCUACAAGUAGUAUCUCCAAGUCCAAGACCAACACUGUUGUUGUGAAGCAAAAGCCUGAGACUUCUUCUUCUCGUGACGGUUUCUCCAACUCCAAGACCAAAACUGUUGUUGUGAAACAAAAGCCUGAGACUUCUUCUUCUCGUGACUGUCCUAAUCUUAAAGCUAGCAGAGAUCGGGAUAAAGGGACGAAAAGGAAGUUCGAGCACAAGGAGCAUAAAGAGUUGAUUAGGUUUAUAGCUAGAAACUCUUCACCUACUACAAUCAAGUGUCAUUCUAGUAACCAAAUCUCCAGUCAGCAUAAGAGGAAGUUAAGAAGCUUGAUUCUCUGUCCUGUAAAUGAGCAGCUUUUUGCAACUAGUUCUCUGGAUGGCAUGGUCAGCUUAUGGCAACUGCAACCUGGAAGGUUGUCUGCAUCAUUGCUUAGUACAACAGACUGUUUAUCUCAAAAACAAAGAAGAUGGGGAGAAGAUAUGGCAUGGCACCCAUCCGGGCACGCCCUUUUCUCUGUAUACACUGCAGACGAUGGUGAUUCCCAGAUAUCCAUCCUAAAUCUGAACAAGACACGCGGGGUUACUUUCCUGGAGAAUAAACCACACGUGAAAGGGAUAAUCAACAGCAUAAAGUUCAUGCCAUGGGAAAACACAUGCUUUGUAACGGGAGGAAGCGAUCACGCUGUCGUUCUAUGGAACGAGAGUGAUGAAGAAAACAAAUGGACGUCGAAAACUCUACACAGGAAUCUACAUUCAGCUGCUGUGAUGGGAGUCGAUGGGAUGAGGAACAAGAACGUCGUUUUGUCGGUUGGAGCAGACAAGAGAAUAUACGGGUUCGAUGUUCAGGUUGGUAGAGCAGACUACAAGCAUCAGAUAGAUUAUAAAUGCAUGAGCGUUCUCUCCAAUCCUUGUGACUUCAAUCUCUUUAUGGUUCAAUCCGGGGAACCGGAGAAACAGCUUCGACUGUUUGAUAUCAGAUUAAGGAGAACCGAACUCCAUUCAUUUGGUUGGAAGCAAGACAGCAGUGAAUCACAAUCAGCUUUGAUAAACCAGUCUUGGUCUCCUGAUGGUUUACACAUCACCUCUGGUUCAGCUGACCCGGUUAUCCAUGUUUUUGACAUCAGGUACAAUGCUCGUAAACCGACGCAGUCAAUAAAAGCUCAUCAGAAGAGAGUGUUUAAAGCGGAAUGGCAUUACUCUCAGCCACUUCUUAUCUCCAUAUCUUCUGAUCUCAACAUUGGUCUGCACAAGAUCUCAUGACCACUCUCAUAUGUCUCUCUGUUUCUAAGGAUCGUAAGGUUAAUGUUGGCUUAGUCAUCAUUCCAAAAUUCAUAUAGAUUUACAAACCAAUUCUUAUUUUAUAGGCAUCAACAUCAUUUCCAUGGGAACUGAAUCGAAAGCUUGUCUUGAAUCUCCCUAUUAGUUUCAGUUUUAUAAACCUUUACUGCUAGGUUCUGCCUCUAGUAAUAGUGAUUUCACUUUUUUUUUUUCUGAUGUUGAAACAAGUUCUUGGGAAUCAUGAAAAGCUUCAUCAAAUUCCAAAUGUGUUCUUUCAAGUACAUGGUUACAUCUUUAAGGUCGGAUACGGAACAUACCCAUCUCUUGUUGCCACAUCUCAUAUAGAGAUAAAGACUGUUAGAAGAGUUGAUUCAGGAAAUCAAGUAUCAAGUUUUUGUGCCUGACACAGAUUUUAGUGUUGAUGGAUGUGUCUGAAGAAGAGAAAGAGUAGAAAUUGAAUUACCACAGCGUGAAGCUUGCGUUGGCGUAUGGGAUCUUGAAGAGUAGUCAUCAUGGAUCAGAAGUUAGAGAUUCAGAAGAAUAUAUAAGUAUGUUUAGUGAUUGCCAAAGCUGGAUCAACUCAGUGUCCAACUUGUUGAAUAGAGUGAUUAUAAUGUGGGAUCGGAUACGGUUUCGUAGGUGUAAAUGGUUAAAAGAAAGAACAAUGCUUUA